AUGAAUGCUUCAGCAUGCUUAUCCGGCAUUCGCCCUCGCCUUCGUUUGCUGGCUCUGGCACCAGUGGUUGUCAUUGCUUACAUUGUUACCCUCAUUGCUGUCGACGAGUUCUUCUUCGCCUCCAAUAGGAUCGUCAUUAAAAGCGUCCCCGUUGAGAAAGCGAGCAGACAUACUCAAUCGAUAGUUGGCACCAAAAAUGAAGACCUCGAAUCGCCGAAAUCCAUUCAAUUGGACCUUGAACGGGUGAUUAAUAAGACGCUGGGAUUUGAAAAAGUCAUUGCUAUUGGGUUGCCGGAGCGGUCAGAUAAACGAGAUGCGAUGGAGCUCAUGGCAUCACUGAGUGGUUUUGAUAUCGAAUGGGUUGACGGCGUAAAGCCAUCCAGCAUCCCGAGCAAAGCGGUACCGUAUGGAAUCGAUCCCUCUGCAAUACAAGACAACUUUCUUGGAAGCUGGAGGGGCCAUAUGAAUGCAAUUCGACAAGUUGUCGAGCAGGAGACUGGAUCAGCCCUCAUUAUGGAGGAUGAUAUGGAUUGGGACAUCCAUCUCAAGUCUCAGCUCCGCAACGUUGCGCGCGGAGCCCGCCAGAUUCUGCACGAGCCCUCAGAGCUGCCUCACUCCCCAUAUGGAGAUGACUGGGAUCUCUUAUGGCUAGGUCAUUGUGGUGAACCUUUCCCAGAGACCCUGGAAGAGAACGCUGGACUACCGUUGGAGAGUAUAGAACAAAUGUCAGCCAAGUACUUCAUCCAAGACGACGAGACCGUCCCUCCAUACAGCCAAGUGUCGCAACUUGUGGACUGGUCUCAAUACCAGCCGCAUACGAGAAUCGUUCACAUAUCCGCGGCGCCGAUUUGCACCUUUGCGUACGCCGUCUCUCAAAGAGGAGCGAGGAAAAUCCUCUACGGCUUGAGUGUGGAUGGCCUGCAUAUGGCAUUCGACAACUCACUUGCACAGCUUUGCAGAGAUGCCAUCUAUGGGCUGGGCAGGAAUCAAAGCAGCGCCCUCAACAUGAAGUGCAUCAGCGUCAAUCCCACCAUCAUGUUCCACCACAAAGCAAAGGGGUUGGUUGCCUCCGGCAGCGACAUCCAGAAUGUUGGGGGAGAUGGCAGUGUUCGUGACAAGGGCGAGACAGAGUCCAUCCGGUGGAGUAUGAGACUGAAUCUGCAGAAUAUCCUGACUGGCAAAAGGUUGGAGGCGCAGUUUUAA